GAGAUUAUUUUAAUCCAUGCCAUGGGUACAACUAAAACAGCUUGUUUUUAGAAGUAGACUGUAGAAGAGCCAUGUGAAAAGCUGGGAGCUCUCUUCUCAAACUUGCUUAGAAGUAGACUGUAGAAUAGCCAUGUGAAAAGCUGGGAGCUCUCUUCUCAAACUGGCUUAUUUUGCUUUUGAUGGAAUCCUUCUAUCUAACGAAGCUAGCCGCAGUGAAGCCCACAUUCAUUCCACCGACUUGCUUCUUUACCCUCAUCCCGCCUCCACUCCGCUUCGCUGCCUCCUCCGCUCUUGCAUUCAGGGUCUACUCAGCCUCUGCUGGCGGAAUUAUUGUUGCAUCUCCUACGCUUGACCUGCCAUCCGUGACUGUUGACCCUAAAGAUUUUGGGACAGGUGGAGGACGUGCUAGGGCCAGGGGUGGCAAGAAACUUCUGAGAGAUGAGCUGAGGGAGAACUGGCUGGACGCCCUCUCUUGCCCAUUUCCUCACGGGAAGCCUUCCAUUGACUGGGUAAUUGGAGUCGACCCGGAUGUUUCUGGAGCUCUGGCCAUACUGAAACCAGAUCAUUCUCCUCAAGUAUUUGAUUCUCCUCACUUGAAAGUAACGGUUGGGAAAGGAGUACGAAGGCGUUUAGAUGCGAGGUCCAUUGUUCACUUGCUUCAAAGUUUUGAAGUUCCUAUAGGAACUACUGCAUAUAUUGAGCAAUCAACUCCAUUCCCACAAGAUGGUAAACAGGGUUGGUGGGGUGGAGGAUUUGGGUAUGGAUUAUGGAUUGGAAUCUUAGUAGCUUUGGGAUUUUCUGUUGUUCCUGUACCAUCAGCUUUGUGGAAACGAACUUUUAAACUAGCCGGAGGUGACACAACUAAGGAUGAUAGUAGGGAUAUGGCAUCCAGAUUAUUUCCGUGUAUGAGUUCCCAGUUAAAAAGGAAGAAAGAUCACGGCCGAGCUGAGGCUUUACUUAUUGCUGCUUAUGGCAAGGGCCUAAAGAUAAGUAACAUUCAAAGUGUGACUGAGAACUUCAUAUCUUAAAAGCUGGAAGGACUACAUGUUUCCUAUUUCUCUCCUUUCCAGGGCUUGGAGGAAACACUCGGGCCUUUUUGCAUAUUUCUCUAUCAGUCUUCCCAUUCCAAUGCGGACUGGUAUUUAUGUCACGGGAACCUGGAAAAACCAUGAAUGACGCCAUUUAGAUCAGCCGUUAAUCCCAAUGACCUCCAAAGGAUUCUUGGUUUAAGCAGAUAUGGUUGAUAUGGAGACAUUCAAGUGAUAUUCUGGUCUCUCAAGUGAUUCACUGUUGUCAAUUAUAACUUAUAAGUCCCCCACUCCUUUUGAAUCCCUUGUUGUCCCAUAGAAGCAGUCUUUCCAAGAGGUUCAGGUGAGCACACUUUAAUAUGCCACAUUAUUAAAUCUGGAACUCAACUCAUGCAAGUACUCAAGUAGGUAAUUUGAAUUCAUAUGGGGCCCCUACAUGAAUCUACAUUGGUUUCCUUAUAACCAAUGUAUAAUACUUGUGUUACACUCGUUUCUCCCAGUGAAUCAUUGUCUUGACCAUAUAAAGUGUAUUCCUCCUACAUGUCAUUUGUAGUUUUUGAAUUUCUUCAAGUAUUAUCUUUUCACAAAUGUGAUUUUGAGGAAGAG